AUGGCGGAAGCUAAGUUGCGACGUGUUGCUGCUCAAAACGAGGAUUUAUCAAAUGUUGAAUUCGAAACAAGCGAAGAUGUCGAGGUCAUUCCGACCUUCGACAAUAUGGGUCUUCGGGACGAGCUUCUCCGAGGAAUCUACGCAUACGGUUUUGAGAAGCCUUCCGCUAUCCAACAGCGAUCAAUCAAGCCAAUUAUGAGAGGCAGAGAUGUCAUUGCCCAGGCUCAAUCCGGUACUGGUAAAACUGCCACAUUCUCUAUUGCGAUUUUGCAAUCUUUAGACACGCAACUGCGCGAGACCCAAGUCCUCGUUCUCUCGCCAACUAGAGAACUUGCUACACAAAUUCAGAAAGUUAUCCUAGCCCUGGGUGAUUUUAUGAACGUUCAGUGCCAUGCCUGCAUUGGUGGCACAAACUUGGGUGAGGACAUCAGAAAACUGGAUUAUGGACAGCAUGUGGUUUCUGGUACACCUGGGAGAGUUUUUGAUAUGAUUAAAAGGAGAGUUUUACGAACAAGGGCCAUCAAGAUGCUUGUUCUUGAUGAGUCUGACGAAAUGUUAAACAAAGGUUUCAAAGAACAAAUUUAUGACGUUUACCGUUAUCUUCCUCCUGCAACUCAAGUAGUUCUGGUAUCAGCCACAUUACCUCACGAAAUUUUGGAAAUGACCAGCAAAUUCAUGACAGAUCCCAUUAGAAUCCUCGUAAAACGUGACGAGUUGACCCUCGAAGGUAUCAAGCAAUUUUUCGUCGCAGUCGAGCGCGAAGAAUGGAAAUUUGACACGCUUUGCGAUCUCUACGACACACUUACAAUCACACAGGCUGUUAUUUUCUGUAACACAAAACGUAAGGUCGAUUGGUUGACCGAGAAGAUGAGAGAAUCCAAUUUCACAGUCUGCUCCAUGCACGGAGACAUGCCACAAAAAGAAAGAGACAACAUAAUGAAAGAAUUCAGAUCUGGUCAAAGUCGAGUUUUAAUCACCACAGACGUCUGGGCACGAGGUAUCGAUGUUCAACAAGUAUCCCUCGUCAUAAACUACGAUUUACCAAACAAUCGUGAGUUGUACAUUCACAGAAUCGGCCGAUCGGGUCGUUUCGGACGUAAAGGUGUCUCCAUCAAUUUCGUAAAGAACGAUGACAUCAGGAUUCUUCGAGACAUAGAACAGUACUAUUCCACACAGAUAGACGAAAUGCCCAUGAACGUAGCUGACUUGAUAUAAAUAGCCUACUUUUUUUCAUCAUCGCCUCACAGAUUAACGUUUAAGAUAGUAAUCUUAAGUCUAGAGAAUUAUGGUGUUUGCGUUUUGUUGUAUGCACAUAUCGCGUAAGAUAUGAAAUUUAUCUUGACCCAAGUUAUUAACUGUGUAUUAAAAAAUGCAUUUUUAGUGUUUCAACAGAAAUAUCAACUAUUUUUUAACCCACUGGACACGUAAGGUGUCUCGGAAUAUUGCAGAGUAACGGUACCCUGUUACACGAAAAGUAAAAUUUAUACUGU